AUGAUCACCGCUUCUGUUGCUGUGGCUCGUCUCGAUCAGCCAGCGUCUGGCCUUGCAUCACUGGUGCCUCCUUCUGGCGGCACCAUGGCAGCCACGUCCAACAGCGCCAAAGUGGAGCCCGACGGAAUUACGUCAGCACGCCAAAUGCGCUCGGCCCCCAAACAGGGUCCAUGCUCGGCUCUUCGAGUCGAGGAAUUCCUGGGCAUCUUGCACACCACCUUCAUCGUCUCUGCCAACACCACUUUAUCUUUCAGACAAGCAACGCUCGAGCAGGCGCCCGCUGCAAGGCUGAAAAGCUUCCGUGCCAUGUCGCACUUUCGACCACGGGCGCGGGGAUGGACGUCGUUUCUGCGGCGGCCGCUGGUGGUGCGUGCCGCGCGCACAUCAGCCGCGACGCUGCAGGUGGUGUGUGCGAUCCACCUGAUCAACGAGCACGUGUUCGAGAUCCGCAACUCGACGGGCGCAUCGAUGCUACCCACCCUCGCGAUGGAGGGCGACUUCCUCCUCCAGCUCCGUCUGCCCUUGUCGUCGUUCCUCACCUCGCUCACCUCGGCCUUUGGCGCGAGCUCGGACGAUACGGUUAGACAUCCAUACCACGGCAGGGAAAGGAUAGGCGGCGCGAUGUUUUCGAAGAACGAUCAGGCGCAGGGAACCGGGUUGAGGGUGGGCGACUUGGUGGUGGCACUGUCGCCGUUUGAUCCGACCAGGACAGUGUGCAAGCGGGUCAUUGGGUUGCCGGGCGAUACGGUGUGUUUGGAUCCGAGGAUGAGGCCGUUGCCGAUGCACGCUUGGCGUGGGCGUGGGGCACACAAACCACAGCCGAAGGAUGAAGGGCUGGGUGGGAAACACGUGCGUUUCGAAGACAUUCUUUCGGGCGGCGACUCCUCGCCCACCACGACGAGCGCAGAUGCAGAAAAGGAGCUGGGAAGCAAGAUGGUGAAAUACGAAGAGCUGCUUUCGAGCCUGGGCGUGCCGACGCAACCGGCUCGGGGCGAGGUGGACGUGUUUGCAAGUAUGGACACCGACGCCGCGCCGACGCAGGCGGAUACGGUGGCGCAUAAUACGGCGGCGCUGGAGGAUCUGGAGCAUUCGUACGUGCGCGCGCGCGGCGACGUGCAGUACGUCACCGUACCCCUCGGCCACGUGUGGCUGGCGGGAGACAAUCUGGCCAACUCGACGGACAGCAGACACUACGGACCCGUCCCGCUCGGCAUGGUGCGCGGCAAAGUCGUUGCGCGCGUCUACCCCAACCCGCGCUGGCUCGGCAACAAUCUCAGCUCCAUAGACUAA